GCAAAUUCUGUGAUAUUCUCAUUUGCACAGGGAUUAAUAUUUUAUCUCAUUUCUUUAGAUGUUUCACGAUGUGUGGCGGAGAGGAAAUAUACCCAAGAACAAGCACGCAAGGAGUUCCAGCAAGUAUUCAUCCCGGAAUGCAACGAUGAUGGCACUUACAGCCAGGUUCAGUGCCACAGUUACACAGGCUACUGUUGGUGUGUCACCCCUAAUGGAGCAGGGUCUCUAAAUGAGAAGCUGCCACAGCGUGAAGGCACAGGAAAAACAGAUGAUGCCUCAGCUCCUGCACUGGAGCCUCAGCCUCAAGGAGAUGAAGAAGAUAUAGCUUCUCGCUACCCUACAUUAUGGACUGAGCAAGUAAAGAGCAGACAGAAUAAGACCAAUAAAAAUUCUGCAGCGUCAUGUGAUCAAGAGCUCCAGUCAGCAUUAGAAGAAGCUAAACAGCCCCAGAAAGAUAAUGUAUUCAUUCCAGAGUGUGCUAAUGGUGGGCUUUAUAAACCAGUACAGUGUCACCCCUCCACAGGAUAUUGUUGGUGUGUCCUUGUUGAUACAGGACGACCUAUUCCUGGUACAUCCACAAGAUAUGAACAGCCAAAGUGUGAUAACAGUGCUAGAGCUCACCCAAGCAACACAAGAGACGUGUUCAAAGGGCGCCCACUGCAAGGUUGUCCUGGUGCCAAAAAGAAUGAAUUUCUGACCAGUGUUCUAGAUGCACUUUCCACAGAUAUGGUGCAUGCUGUCUCUGAUCCUGCAGUGUCUUCCAGCAGGCUUUCAGAACCAGAUCCAAACCAUACCCUGGAGGAAAGAGUUGUUCAUUGGUAUUUUAAGCAACUGGAUAAAAAUGCCAGUGGCGACAUUGGCAAAAAAGAAAUCAAACCUUUUAAGAAAUUCCUGAGGAAAAAAUCCAAGCCCAAAAAAUGUGUGAAAAAGUUUGUGGAAUACUGUGAUGUGAACAAUGACAAAUCUUUGACAGUUCCAGAACUAAUGGGUUGUCUAGGUGUAACAAAAGAAGACAAUAAAGCAGACACAAAGAAACGCCACGCAAUUCCCAGAAGACAUGCUGAAAGUACUCCUUCUAACAGGCAGCCAUCCUCAAAGAAGCAAGGCUGA